AUGACUGUGAAUUCAACUUUAUCUUAUUUUAUUCUCAGCACUUAUAUGCAUGUAGGAGCUUUAAAAUACUUGUACUUUAUGAUGACUGCAGUGUUAUACAGUGUUAUAGUUCUCAUCAACACGUCUCUGAUUGUGGUUAUCUGUGUGAACAGAAGCUUACAUGAACCUAUGUACAUGUUUCUGUGCAGCCUGUUUGUAAAUGAACUGUAUGGUAGUACAGGGUUGUUUCCAUUGCUGCUGCUUCAGAUCCUCUCUGACAUUCACACUGUCUCUGCUUCAGCUUGUUUCCUGCAGAUUUAUUGUCUGUACACAUAUGCACAUGUCGAGUUUUGUAAUUUGGCCGUCAUGUCUUAUGACAGAUAUCUGGCCAUCUGCUGUCCUCUGCAGUAUAACACACGCAUGACAUUUAACAAGGCUCUUAUCUUCAUUGCUGGUCUAUGGUUUUACUCUUUUGUGAAAUUCAUGAUCACUUUAUCUUUAAAUAUCCGUCUGACGCUAUGUGGAAACAUCAUACACAGUUUGUACUGUCACAACUACUUAGUUGUAAAGUUGGCGUGUUCUGACACUCGAGUGAAUAACUUCUAUGGAAUAUUUGGGACCGUCCUCACCGUCAUAGUCCCUCUGCUCCCCAUCUUUUUCUCCUACGUGAAAAUUUUCCAGAUUUGUUUUUCUGGUUCGAAACAGACGAGACAGAAAGCCGUCAGCACCUGCACACCUCACCUCAUCUCUCUGCUCAACUUCUCCUUCGGCUGCUGCUUUGAGAUCAUUCAGAGCAGGUUUGAUACGAGCGGCGUGCCCAGCGUGCUGCGGAUCAUUCUUUCGCUGUAUUUUCUCAUCAUACAGCCGCUGUUGAAUCCCAUCAUGUACGGACUGCAGAUGUCAAAGAUACGGAACACGUGUAAACAUGUCCUGUGUUAUAAACUGUUGGCCGGCCGCAGAGAUCAGAUGCAGAUGUGCUAA